CUUUUCAAUCAUUAACAACAUUAAAACAGGUGGACUUUCGAUGCAUGACAGACGUUGACAAUUUGAUGUCUUUUGUCUGUCAAGAAAGGAAAUUCGGUUAUAUAAUUAGACAAUCCCAUCGGGACGAUAAUGGCAAUACACAAUUUUAAGCGGUUGCUGCUUGCUAUAUACUUGAUGUGUCAGGUUGCAGAGUCCUUAAGCGAGGCGAACGUGACUAUGACAGACGAGGACCUUUGCUUUCUGAAGCUGUGCAAAGCUGGAAGACAGUGUGUUGUAAUCAACAAGAUGGCCACGUGUCAGUGUGUGAGUUAUUGUCCUGACCACAUGCACCUGGUAUGUGGAAGUGAUGGACACACCUAUCACAAUCCGUGUCACCUCCACCGGACGGCCUGUAUAGAACAGCGACACAUCAAAGUCACGCAGAAAGGUCCAUGUGUAGUGAGUAACAAGGAAAUGGAAAUUAGAAAACUGAAGAACAGCACGUGGAAACCUUUGAAGUGUAAAGAUGAUGCCAGAGUCUACAUGCGAAAAAUCUUCCUAAUGGAACUCAUGCUCAAAAAUGGAAGAGAUGACAGUGUCUCCAAGAGAGCUAAAAUAUAUUUCAAAUCCGUCGAUAGCAACAUGGAUAUAUUUGUGACAUCGGAUGAAAUAUAUCACUUCCUAAGACAAAAAAGAAACGACAAAUCAACAGAUAUCUCCAAAAGUUUCAGACAAAAGAUAGCUUGCAUAGAUGCCAUGAUUGAUACGGUGGACAAGGAUAAAGACUACAAACUCGAUCAAACUGAAUUCACGGAACUUCUGAAACCUGAAUUGAUCCCGUUCUCAAGAGGUUGCCUUAUGUCCGGACUCCAUUACUCUGAUGGUGAAUCAAUGCUGAAGGAGUGCAAUACAUGUGUUUGCAGAGAUGGGAAAAUGGCAUGUUCUGCACAGAACUGUUCAAAAAUCGAUGAAGGAAAGGGAAACUCAACACCUUCAAAAUACCAGAAAAAUAUCUUGAAAAUGAUUAAAGAAUUGUUAGCUAAGGCAACAAAAUAAGAACUUGAGAUAAAGAAUAGUCGCAUUUUUUGUUAAAGAUUAUUCGAUUUCUGCAAAAUAUUAUUUGGUUUUAUGACAGUUUCUCAAAAACUCUUUUAUCUAUCCAUAUUACCUUUUUUUGAUGUAAUAAAUAUUUUGAAUUAUAAA